UUCGAGACACGUCAUACCCUCAAAGAAAAUAAACAAGAAAUGGGCCAGGUGGACAAGGCUGGUGUCCAAAUAACAUAAUGCGACGGUGUAACUUAGCCAAUAUAAGAAUAUAUAACAUUUAGACAUAUAGGUAACCAGAACUACGUUUUUCAGUACGCUAUCAGCGCAACAUUGAAAUUACAUGUGAAUUUCUGAUGUGAUGAGCUAAGUACGUGCAUGCUAGCUAGCUAGCUAUGUUGCUAAACGCGGGCAUUCCAUGAUGGACAGUGAUCUAAGUCCUCAGGAUAAAAAAGACUUGGACAAGUUCAUAAAGUUUUUCGCUUUGAAGACAGUACAGGUGAUAGUCCAAGCUCGACUUGGGGAAAAAGUAUGCACACGCUCCUUGUCUUCACCUACUGGCUCUGAUUGGUUCAACCUGGCAAUCAAAGAUAUCCCAGAAGUUACACAUGAGUCAAAGAAAGCUCUGGCCGGGCAGCUUCCUGGCAUCGAACGGUCCAUGUGUGUUGAGAUCUCCCUCAAAACCUCAGAGGGAGACUCGAUGGAAUUGGAGACAUGGUGUCUCGAAAUGAACGAGAAGUGUGACAAAGAUAUUAAAGUGUCCUACACUGUCUAUAACCGCAUGUCAUUACUGCUCAAGUCACUACUGGCUAUCACAAGGGUAACCCCAGCCUACAAACUCUCACGAAAGCAAGGGCACGACUAUGUCAUACUGUACAGGAUAUAUUUUGGAGAGGUUCAACUUACAGGAUUGGGAGAAGCGUUCCAGACAGUGCGUGUAGGAGUUGUGGGAACUCCUAUUGGAACCAUCACCUUAUCUUGUGCUUACAGGACAAACCUGGCCUUCAUGUCCACCAGGCAGUUUGAGAGGACGGCUCCGAUUAUGGGCAUAAUCAUUGACCACUUCGUUGAGCGCCCCUUUGGCAACGUGGGACACAUGCAUCCAUGUAACUACAGAGCACCCGGAGAAGAUGAAGGAGCAUACAAUGGGGUGGAGGAUUCUCAGGAAGUGUGCACCACGUCCUUCUCCACUUCUCCACCCUCACAACUCUACUGCUCUCGUCUUUCUUAUCAGUCUCCUGUGCUUGUUGGAGCUGCUGACUUCUGCCACCCCUCCACCUUAAACACUGCCAACCCACACCAGAUGGGAGUUCCAGGGAAGGAGGGCGGCGUACCCCAGCAGGUGCCUGUGCAGCCUUGUCAUGGAGCCCAGGCAGAGCAUCGACGAGUGUCCUCAUGCCCCCCUGCUGAUCAUGUUCCCGCCACGCCCUCCAGCAGUGGUGAGGACGCAGAGACCUCGUCGAGGAGCGUUGGGGUGAAGAGUGGCUCUCCCUGGGGUGUACUGGAGACCACCUUCACCAGGAAAGUGGGUGCCUUUGUCAACAAGCCAGGCACACAGGUAACCACGGCAAGCCUGGACUUACCAUUUGCAGCGUUUGCUCCCAGAGCAUAUGACCUCGAGGAAAAUGACCCUAUGGUUCAGCCUCCGGAGUCCUCAGCCACGUCCUCUCCCCUGCAGGGCAGUUUGCACUCCCAAGGCUCUGGUGAGAGUGGAGGCCCGGCACAGGACGACUUUGUAAUGGUGGACUUUAAGCCUGCGUUCUCCAAGGAUGACCUCCUUCCCAUGGACCUUGGCACAUUCUACAGAGAGUUCCAGAACCCCCCACAGCUCACCAGCCUCACUAUUGAUGUCAGUUCUCAGUCCAUGGCAGAAGACCUGGACUCUCUUCCUGAAAAACUGGCAGUAUACGAGAAGAACAUUGAUGAAUUUGAUGCAUUUGUGGACACAUUGCAGUAGGGAUAGAAAUGGAUCCACUGUCUGCAAUGACAAAUGAUCCCAUUUAGUCCAUCUGCAAGGUCCUGUUGUCUUUCAAGCUUGUUUGCAUUCAGCCUGUGUAUGCCUGUUCUUUCUUCUCGUAGUUUAAAUUCCUUAUUGAUUUGUAAUCAGAAUGUUUCUCUUCAAACCUCACUGGUUGAUGUAUUGUAGAGUAAGAGAGCCUGUACCCAACAACCGAAGACAUCUUUAAAAAAGAAAAAAGUUGCACCGUUUCUUUUCUGACGUGAAUAACUGCAACAUUUGCUUUAGUGUUGAGCAGACUGUGUCGUAAUGUAAAUACCAGAUCCCCUCUCACCUUGCUGUUAUAGAGCUUAACACGUAAUAAUUAAGACGUUCAGUUCAUCAAAGCUGUUGUCUAAAGGUCAUGAGGCGUUGGAUUAUUGCUGUCCCGUGUGACACUGAGAACGCUCAUAGCAACUUUGCAGCCAGGCGUGGCCAUGUUUUAGUAGAUAGGAAGAAGCUAUGUAUGGAAAUUGAUCAAUAGUAGUGAAUCUAUAUCCAAGAAACGGAAAACAUGCUGUGUAGCUGAAUCUGUAUGUUGAAAGAGAAGUUCCUGUGGUUGUUUUUUUGUAAAUGGGGAGAAGAGUUGUCUUCUGCUUUCCUUCUCUAGAUGACCAACUUUAGGCCAUACAUCACUGUGUGUCACUACAAAUGAUGUACAGUCACUGCUCACCUCUGAAUCGCCAUAUAAAGCAAGCUUCCCUUUUCCCUAUCUGUAAAGAGGGUAAACAUUAUUUGCACUUUCAAUGUAUCAAUCUUAAGUCAUCUUGAUUUCCCCCAACGCUUGAAUAUACAGUAGCAUGGUCAUGUGUAAUACAUUUGAUCUCAAAUGGCCUAUUUUGUAUUAUGGGAAAGGAAUAAGCCAGAGGCCCUAUAUAUUUCUGAUUGUGGUCAUUUGUGAUUUAUACCAGCACAACACGAGGGAUCGUAUUCGUCGUCCUUCUUGAAGCUUUUAAAAUACAAUAGAGCAUCAAUACACUUGUCACGUGAGUACGCUCCUCCACACAUCUGAAUAAAUCAAAUGAAGGCACUUUUAACCAUCACCUUUUAUUUAUACUUUAUAUUCACAACAUAUAAAAAAUGAUUGCAGUAAAAUACUCAACGAGAAAUUUCAUUUUCACUGUAGCAACCAGGAAAUACUAUUAUUUGACAAUACAGAUAAACAGUACAAUAAAGGUGGGACAAACGGGCACAAUUUUUUUAAGGAGAUAUGACUGGAGUUGGUUCCUCGCCUGUUUGUUUCCUUAAGGCACACAGACGCAAAAUGGGGUUGUAAAGGCUCUACUAAGCCACUGAUCCGCAUGUCAAUGCAAUUGUUUCAUUGACAUGACCAGGAAGUUUUCAUACACCGUAAACAAAUUAAUUUUAAUAAUAGACAAAACAUCGAAGCACAACAGAACUCUUACUUAUUCCGUCUUAACAUUAGCACGGUUCUCGUUCAGGAUAUGUUCAUUACAAAGUCAUUCAGGAUUACAAAGCACAGGAGCUGUACCCCCAAAAGUUUGGCCAUUGCAAAUGGAAAAAAUGUUAAGGUAAAAAAAAGUAUCUAAAUGGAACCAUCUUAGUGUUCUCCAAUGCAACCAUAAUUCUUUGGUUGAGUUGAAUUUAGUAUUGAACAAAAUGCAACGACCGUCAAUAAAAUGAGCAAAAUAAGGCAGAGAAACAACUCGCCUCACAGUAAACAAAUGAAAUACAGCAGAGCCUGAGAGCCCCCGGGUCUGUAAGUACACAGCAUUUCAGUCUAUCCAUAAUUAGAAGCCCUUCUAAUACCCCUUACUGACUUUAAGGCUACAGAAAGAUAUUUUGCCAGCAAUGACACUAGCCAUCAGUCUUUACAGAGGGAUGGUGAUGUUCAAGGAAUAACUGCUGUAAGUAGAGUAAUAAAACACAAAUGAAAGUAGAAUAUGUGUCAUGAAAAGACUGUCCUGCAUUGAGAAAGCUAAUCAGGCUUAACAUGAAAUGUAGAAGUUAAAUGAUUAAGAAUAGUUUAUUUUAUAGUUGACCUGUACAAAAUGAUCAAACGUAAUGCAGCAGAAAGGAACAAAGGCUUGCUGGAUAUGUUUAAAGGGGAUACCAGUAUGUUUUAUCAGAUGAGUAAACAUUUAAAAAGUAAGGCGAUAUGUGACCCCCCCCCCGAAAAAAA